CGUUGAUACGCUGCGCUAAGAAGAAAGCCUGCCUUCAGCCAGCUGCGUGCUCCGUGAAAUAGACAUGGCGAGGUUGUCAACUACGAUGUCCACAGUGCAGCUACCCUGAAAGUACACCUCCGAAUACAAUAAGGGACGCUGGAUAUUGUGUUUAACCAAAUUUGUGACAACCUGUUGUUGGACUGACACCGUUUUCACACAUUUUGAAUUGGACCGUGACCACUGCAAUGCCUCUGCUGUUUUUGGAGAGGUUUCCUUGGCCCAGCCUGCAAACCUACACAGCACUGAGUGUGGCUUUGCUGGCUGGGAGCAUCUUCAGCGCCUACACCACUGUAACCGACCCGGGGUUUGGGGCCUUGGAAACCGAUGAAACACAAGCUCCCUCUGAAGUGGAUCUUGAACAUCUAAAUAAUGAUAUUAGUAACACAGAACUGGCAACGACUGUCCUGUGGUAUCUUGUGACUGAUAGUCUCUUUGUAUGGGUGUUGGUCAACACAUUCUGCUGCUUUUUGAUGUUAAUUGCAAAAAUGAUACAGUAUGUGGUGUUUGGGCCACUUAGAGUCAGUGAGAAGCAGCACCUCAAGGAUAAGUUCUGGAACUUCAUCUUCUACAAAUUUAUUUUCAUCUUUGGCGUAUUGAACGUGCAAACAGUGGAGGAGGUGGUCAUGUGGUGUUUGUGGUUCUCUGCCCUGGUCUUCUUCCACCUCAUGGUUCAGCUGUGCAAAGAUCGUUUUGAAUAUCUGUCUUUCUCCCCCUCCACUCCUAUGAACAGCCAUGUGCAAGUGCUCUUUCUGCUGGUCUCCCUGCUCCUGCACUGCUGUGGCCUGGCUGUAGUAUGUGGCCUGCUGGGAGCUUCCCAUGGCAUGCACACCCUCUCCUUUAUGGCAGCAGAGUGUCUGCUGGUGACUGUACGCACAGGGCAUGUCAUCAUGCGGUACUCCAUCCAUCUGUGGGAUUUGAACCAUCCAGGGACUUGGGAGAGUAAGGGAACGUAUGUCUACUACACAGACUUCAUAAUGGAGCUGGCUAUGCUCUUUCUGGACCUCAUGCACCAUAUCCAUAUGCUGCUUUUUGGAAACAUCUGGCUGUCCAUGGCAAGCUUGGUUAUCUUCAUGCAGCUGCGGUAUCUCUUCCAUGAGGUCCAGCGCCGCAUCCGCCGACACAAGAACUACCUUCGUGUCAUCAACAACAUGGAGGCCAGGUUUGCUGUUGCUACUGCAGAGGAGCUGGCAGCUAAUGAUGAUGAUUGUGCCAUCUGCUGGGAUACUAUGUUGACAGCACGCAAACUACCCUGUGGUCAUCUCUUCCACAACUCUUGCUUACGCUCAUGGCUUGAGCAGGACACAUCAUGUCCCACAUGUCGGACAUCCCUGAACAUUAAUGGAGAUGGGGGCCAGGCCAGAAACCAGCAGCAGGGCGGAGGUUUAGAGGAGAAUAUUGGCCCAGGUGGAGCUGCCCCAGAUGCUAGACCACAUAUCAACCAACACAAUCACUUCUUCCACUUUGAUGGAUCUCGCAUUGCUAGCUGGCUGCCCAGUUUCUCAGUAGAAGUCAUGCACACUACUAACAUACUGGGCAUCGCUCAGGCCAACAACUCCCAGCUUAUGGCCAUGGCCCAUCAGAUUCAGGAGAUGUUCCCUCAGGUGCCCUCCUACCUGGUAAUGCAGGACCUGCAGUUGACCCGCUCUGUGGAGGUCACCACUGACAACAUCCUGGAAGGACGCAUCCAGGUCCCUUUCCCAACACAGGCCAUAGAGCGCGCUCCUCUACAGGUGAGCCCUGCACCAGAUGAACAGCCCGGUCCCAGUGGAGCAGCUGAGCAGGGCGUCAGUGAAUCAGACAACAUGGAGGUCAGAGGAGGCCGCUUCUCUAAGUCGGCUGAAGAGAGGCAGAAGAUGUUAAAACUGAGGAAAGAAGAGUUGCUUCAGCAAGCGCGCAGGAGAUAUCUUAACAAGAGUCCAGAGGAUCAGGAUGAGGAUUUGCCCGGGCUGGAGGAGGACACUGUCCCACAAUUGGACUCGACUAUGUUGAGGCGUCGAACCAUGGCAGCAGCCGCAGAGAGACGCAUGCAAAACCAACAAGACCCUUUACCCUGAUGUACAGAUCGGCUUUAGCAGAAGAGUCGACCACAGCAUCAUCCCAUGAAGCAGCGAAAGAGCUAUAUCAACUUUCCACCCAUUCGAUGUAGUCAGUGGUCGUCACUUAUUCAAAACUAUAAGUAAAAAGCAGACAUGGCCUGUGGACUCUUUUUGGCUGCCCAAAAAGGUGAGACUAUUGUAUUGGGCACCUGCAAUAUUGAUUCCAGCCUGAGUAUUUGGAGCAUAUAUACAAAUUAAUGGGUGCAAGGUUGCAUCGCCCUUUAUUCACGUGCCACACAUUGCAACCACCAGCUUAAAUAGACAGUAUCUGUCAUGAUUUGAACUGGCUGUCUAAAAUGAGCAUGCUUUGCAUUCAGAAGACGAUUACAAAAAGAUAUUUUAUGAAAAGGGUUUGAAGGUGUCAUCACUAGAUAAAGCUACUAUCUUGGUCUUUUUUUUUUUUCCUUUCAUCAGAUGUUUUUUUCACUUGGUUUGCUCAUAGCAGGAAGCUCCGUAUUUUGGGUGGAGAAACUCAUCUGAUGUAGCUGUGUUUUAUUUCCUGAGUUGCAGCUGUGAAUUAAGUGUAGGCAAAAUAACACCAUGCUUUUAUUUCUUACCUUGGUGUAAGAGAAUGUCACUUUAGUAUUGUUCAGCCUUUCUGUCAAAUAUGAAUGUUUCUAUCAAAGUAAUGCUGCAAACAAAGUGUUUUUGACCCACAUGGGUUGUGCUGUAUUUAGUGUGUAAUAUCACCGGUUGCAAACUGUCUGCAUUGUGUUAUUUAACAAGAGGGAUAAGUGGGCAUGUAAAUCUUAGUUUUUCCAAUACUUGUCCCUUGAGUUGCAUAGGCAGCAAAGGAGGAUGUAUUACAUUUUGUACAAGGAUAACAGGUGCUAUCCUUAAUAUCUUAAAGUACCCUCUACUGAUGUGCAGUGAUUAUUUUCUUCUGUUGAACAUGGGGCUCUUGAUCAUUUUUGUCUACCAUUUUUUAAUAUAUGUAGGAAUAGUUAAGUCUGCAACAGCUGGACUUGCUGCAUUUUGAAGAUGUUUUGUCAGUUCUAUUAGUGAAGCUCCUGGUCUUCCUGUAGAAAUGGUAAAGGCUUGUGCUCAUGCACCAAAACAUUUUCAAGACUUGGCAGCAUAUCUAGUUGACUUUGACUUAACAUUUCUAGAUAUUCUACAACUGGAAUGACCGCGAAUCUUUAUGAAGCAAUUUUUAGGAUGUUUUAAUUGUUUCACUACAGAGUGCUAACUGAAAAAUCCUAACAGCGGGGAACAUAAGCAUCCUUUCCUCAAGGAUAAUGUACAGCAAUAUAGAGCAUGGACUGGGCCCUUGAAGCUUUUUGGGUAUUUAAAGUUCACAGAACCUGUAGCUGGUUGAGACAUAUCAGUGGACACAAAUGUGGAGACUGUGUGUAUUAUAACUGUUUCAUUUCUGUCAUUACAGUUCACAGGACAGUUUGGGGUGAGUUAUGCAUGAAUCUAGACAAGUGCUUUUGUUUCCUUCCACUUUAUCCCAAAGAACAGCCCACAGACUUCCACUGAAAGCUGAAGUGUUGUGAUCUUUUAUUGCGUGUUCUUUUUAUUGCUCAAAAUCUGUUUGGACGUGUUGUAAGAAGAUAUGAUAUAGAAUUUAGGUUUUAGAUUUCAAUUAGUCCAGAUGUAAAAACAAAAAAAAAUUGUUUUUGUUUUCAUUUUCAGUUUGUCGGUCAGCUCCUUAAAUCCAUGAUAUAUUUUCCUAUUCAUGGGUUACCUUUCAUAACCAUUACUUAUUUAAUCAAAACUGAAAUAUUUUUUGGACUGAGCUUUCCUGGAUUUUCGUGCCUAAAUCAAGAAUGGUUCAGUUACGGAUAAUUUCUGUAAAUCUAGUUUUUGUAAAAUAUGUUAAUACAAAAGACACAAUAAACAGAGCUUCUACAGCUUUUUAACAAACA